AUGAGCGAAAAAGUUUUGUAAGAAUUUUCUGCUAAAAUUUUAAAAGCCAAAAAUUUAUAUGAAGCCACUAAAAACUAAUGUGAUGUGCUUAGAAGAGAAAAAGAAAAAUUAGAAAGAGAAUAUAAAUAGAUUUAUGAAGUAAGAAAAGAAGCUGAAUUGCAAGAAGAAAAUCUGAAGUAUUAAUAUGAGAAUUCAAAAAAAUCAAAUAAGGAGGAAAGUGAAAAAUGUGCUCGUGAAGUUGACGAACUAAAUAAUUUGCGUUCUUUAAAAAAGAAGUUAAAAAGAGAAAAAGACAUUUAUGAAAGUGAGAUGAUGAAAAAUUCAUUAGCUUUAGAAGAAUUAGUAAAAUAAAGAGUAUAGUUAUAAUAAACAGCUAAAUAAUAUUCAGAUAAAUUAGAAAAUAUAACUGCUGAAAGGGCAGCUUUGCAAGAUGAAUAUGUCAAAACAAAUAGUGCAAUUGAAGAUUAUACAUUAAAAAUUAAAGAAUUAAAAGAAGAAAUGGAUACUAUGAAAGGUUUAAUUUCAUAAAGUGUAUUAGCUGUAGGCAAUAUACCUACUUCAAAUUAAAAUAUAAGUUAAAAUUUAAACGCAACUAAUUAGCAUAUGAAUAUUAAUGGAGGAAAUAACUGA